AUGAACAAUCUAUCAGGUCCAAUUCUUAUGAAAAUAGGAAGCUGGGCAAAGCUAACAAGUAUGUCUAGAAACAACUUCAUAGUAGAGUGGGACGUGCAAUUUCAGUUGGUCAUCAAGGGUACCAGCUCACACUUUGAGUUACUGGAAGGCUUUAGAUCAGGGAUAGAUCUAUCGUGCAACAUUCUCGACCGGAGCAUUCCAGAAGAGAUAGGGUUACUACAGGGACUUGUUAUGCUUAAUCUAUCUCAUAAUCUUUUCUCGGGCAUUAUCCCAGCUAGUGUGGGGAACAUGUCUGGUCUAGAGUCUUUGGAUUUGAGUUCCAAUAGAUUUUCUGGACAGAUCCCACAGAAUUUGACAUCAAUUCACUCCCUUGGAUUUUUAUCAUACAAUAAUUUAAGCGGCAGGGUUCCAACAGGAAAUCAAUUUGAUACGCUCAGCUGGGAUGGUUCCACUUUUGCAGGGAACGAUUUAUUGUGUGGUUUUCCUACAGAGAAACAAUGCAAGGGAGACCAUAAUACUUCAAGUAAAAUUGAUGGAAAAGAGAAGCUUUUACUGUAUUCUAUUGUUGACAUGGGGUUUACAGUUGGAUUUUGGGGUUAA